GGGGAAUUAAUUCUGAAAAUGAAAUACCAGCCAAUCCUAGCGCAGAAGGCGGGAUUUUGUUGGAAUACGGGUGGACAAAAAGUGACGCCUCCGUACGACCUUGUUGUUCACAUUCCAAAAUAAGUCCGUGUGAAACACGGCGCCUAGCGUUAGGAUUCCUUUUAUGAAACUUUAAAUCACUAUCGUUGUAUUUAAUAGGAAUAUAUUAUUUCUCCCACACGAAUAUCUAUAUAUGUAUAGUGUUAUUUUAUAUACACACAUAACAAUUAACUAAUUAAAAACACAUUUUAGAAACACACGAUUGGAUCUUGUGCUGUUUCUACCCGGGUCACAAAAACCGUCGAACCGGUGCCCCGGUAGUCCGCAUACGUUUGUUGACGGUGUCCUUAAAGCGAGUUUUCCUGAAUAGCUCAAAAUUAUAUUAGUUCCUUGCAAAUGAACAGUUUUCGUCUCGUUCUUUGAAUGCUCAAUAUCUUUAGUAGACUCCGGAAGUGGUCAUGACUGCUCGAGGCACUCCUAGUCGUUUUUUACAAAGCGUUCUGCAGAACGCAGUUGGUCGAUACGUGUGUCAGCUGAAACGCGUGUCUCUUAUUUUCUCUAAAAACGGGCAGAGUUCCUUAGGGGUCAGGGAGUUCAUUGAGGAUGGUGUGGUUGAUUUUGCCAAAAGGAAUCCAGGAACUGUCGUUUACGUCUCUCCCGAGUCAUGCAGAAUUCCCAAAAUAGUUGCUGAAUAUCUCAAUGGUAAUGUGAAGACAGAGCUCGUCACCAAUAAAACAUCACAACAGAUUGCAGAACUGGUUACUAAAAUGGCCAACCAGUCUGGCCUGGACAUCAUUCGCAUCCGAAAGCCUUUCCACACAGACAACCCGAGUAUCCAAGGCCAGUGGCAUCCGUUCACCAACCGGCCGCCCAGCACAAAACCAGUUGGUCCACAGGCCAAAUGAUGACUCGUCACCAUUAAUUUCUACUUGUGCUACAGUGACUGUUUUGACAUCUUACUAAUUACCAAGUGAAUGUAAUGUAAUGUAAUGUUGGUGUAUAUUGUGGACAAAGUUUUGCUGGCAUAAAAUUGGGGGUGGGGGAAUUCUGCUGAAUAUUGGCUGUUUAUUGAGCACUGAAUAUAGAUUGAUUAAGUCCAUUAUCAGCCUGUUCUUGGCAAUCUCAAAAUGUAGUAUCCUGAGAUGCAGAUCUGAAUAUUGUGUUGUUUGGAUUGUGUUCUGACAUGAUGUUAUGGAGCAACAAAUAACAAUAAAAAAAACCAUUUAUUCACUGUAGAAAAUUAAUUUAUU